AUGCAAAAGACUAUUGAUGACUUGCAGAAUUCUGUGAAGAAUCUUUACACAAAGUUAACUGAAACUGAUACAGAACGAGGAAUGCUUCAAAAUGAGGUCGAAACAUUGCAGGGGGAGAUUGCUGGCUUUGAGAGAAGUGUUGCUGAUGCUCAGUUUGGGGAAGAAGAAGCAAGAGAAGAGUGUAAGCAGUUGCAUUCACAUAUUGAAAAGCUUUCUAAUCAGAAUAAAAAAUUAGCCAGUAAGUUUGAUCUACUUGAACAAGAACACAACAAACUUAAACAUGAAAACGAACAGUUAGAACUGAAGGUGGCACAGCUAUCGGACUUGAACAUUUCUGGACUCUCUGUGUCAGAUUCUGGAAUUGCUGUGUCUGAAAAAGCAGAGAUAGCUGAGAAGACAUUUGCUGCUCAUGUUGCAUCACCUAAAGUUGUUCAUGAGACACUGAGCCAGUCAGGCCAAGCAUCUGUCAGUGAGAAUGAACAGCUACAAAAGGAUUUGGUAGAUCUGAAGAAAAGAUAUCAGGAACACCUCACAAACCAUGAAAAAAUCAAGAACAAACUCCAGGUAGCUGAAAUAAAGGGUGAGAAAAUGCUAGCUAAACUCAAGAGUUUUAAGGUGAAAAAUGAGGAACUUCAGAAAGAGCAAGAUAAUUUGCAAAUACAGUUGUUGAAACAGCAAGAUGUUUUACGCUCCAAAGAGCAGCAUUUCAGUGAUGAGAGGCAGCAUUUACAGGAGCAGCUCCAUAAAAUGGAAAUUGACAAUAGACAGAUGUAUCAUGAUAACAUAGACUUGAACAGUAGGGUCUCUGAUCUCAGAACUGAGGUUGAAGGCUUGAAAUCAAAGCUUGAUCUGCAACUGGUUGAGACACAACAAAUUCAGACUGGUGAUACAGACAUCAGAAGCAAACUUGAUGAAAUUACAAGGGAUAGAGAUUCUCAAAUGCAGAAAGCUGAUCAGUUGGAGCAAGAAAUUCAUAUUUUGAAAAUUUCUCUUGAGAAAGAACAGGAACUGGUGCAGGAGAAUUUGUCCUGCAGUGAAACAUUAGAACGAGAGCUACAGAGUACACAAAAUAAGCUAAAAGAUCUGCAGAAUCAUUAUGAUAUGGUUGUCACAGAUAAUAGUGAAUUUCAAAACAUUGUUGAGAGUCUAAAAGAAGAUAGUAAGAAACUUAAAGGAGAACUUGAGGAAAAUAAAUUUCUUCUACGUAAACAGCAAGAAGAUGUCGUUGCCAGCGGUCAACAUUCUGAAGACCUACAUAAUCUGCAGAAGAAAUUAACUGCUGUCGAAGAUGAAAACAACAAACUUGCAGAGAAACUUGUGUCUGUUCAAAAAGAAAAACAACUGUUGCUUCAGAAGGUCACUGAACUGCAAGAGCAGCAAUCUACAGUGAGUGAACUGCAGAAGAACAUUAUUUCACUUAAUUCAGAACGAGAACAUUUAGAAGAAGAAAUUGAAGGAAUUAGAGAGGAUUUAUUGGUAUCAAAGAAAGAAAAACAGUCACUAAAAGAACUGAACGAUGGCUUAAAUUGGAAGAUUCAAGAAUUGAGUAGCCUUGAGACAGACAUUAGGGAAAAAACUGAAGAACUGGAUCAUCUUAGGAGUGAAAAUAAUGACCUAAAAGAUCAAGUUAGUGAUCUCAAUCUGAAGAUAAUGGAAGUCGGUGCACUUGAAAAUGACCUAGAGGUCAAUAUGGCAGAACUUGUGAAGCUACGAACUGAAAAUCAAAGCAUGAGAGAUCAGGUUGAUGGUCUUAACUGGAAAUUGGAGGAAUCUUCAGCUUAUGAAGAAGAGCUUCAGUCAUCCAGAACUGAAUUGAAUAUCUUGCAAACUAAUUUCACUUCCUUGGAAAAUGAAAAAAAUAUGUUGGAGGGUGAAGUGGAGUCCUUGACCAAUACGAUUGAAGAUUUGAAUUCACUUGAAGCUCAGCUAAACGAAUCUGAAGUAGAGUUAACAGAGAAAAGACAGAAGAUAGAUAGUCUCACAGAUGAACUAAAUAGGCAAAAUCAGCAGGCAAAAGAAUUCAUUCAGAUUGAGCAAGCAUACAGAGAUACAGCAGAGAACCUUAAGAGAUCAACCUCAGAAAUUAAAGCUCUACAAGGACAAGUAAAUAACUUGAAAAGUAAAGUUACUUCCUUGAUGUCUGUAGAAAGCGAGUUUAGCAUUUUGAAUGAACAGUAUAACAAAGUAUUAAAAGACAACAGUAGUAUGGUCCAGCAGAUCGACGAUUUGAAUGAUAAAAUUCAGGAACUUAGUAGUGUGAGCCGUGAGAUCAGUUUUAAUGUGGAACAGAAAGAACAUCUGGAAAGAGAAAAGGAAGUCUUCCAGAGGAGAGUGAAUGAACUUGAAGGCCAAGGCAAAUCCAUGACGGAUGAGAACUCGCAGCUACAGCAACAGCUGUCUGAGCUUCAAGCAAGGUUGCAGCAGUUGGAGUUUGAUAAUAAGACGCUGAAAGCACAGUUAGAUGUAGCAGCAGCUGGAAGUGACCAGAUGAGCAAGUUCCAGGCAGAGUAUGACAAGCUGCAGCAGCAGUUCUCAGAAGCUAUGGUCCAGAAAAACGAGGUGCAGUCGGACCUGAACCAGGCACUUCACAGCACACAGCAGAGGGAGGCACGCUGUCAGCAACUUGCAGUGCAGGUGAGUCAGCUGGCUGAAGACAGAGGCUACCUGAAUGUGCAGCUUGGCAAGUUGUCCAAGUCUCUGCGAGAGAAGGAACAGGAGUGGCUGGCUAUGCAGCAGCAGUACCGUGAACUGUACCAAUCACACCUCAACACGCAGGCCAAGUUUUCGGAGAUGGAAAGAAAAACAGUUAGUGAGUCUCUUCAGAGAUCGUCUCAGGCUGAAACAGCUGUGAGCAUACCAGACCAAGACGAGCUUCAGGUUUACAAACACAAACUGGAGUGUUGUGAGAAGGAGCGUGACUCUGUGAGCCAGGCCGCUGUCCAGCUGGAGAAGAGUCUGCUGCUGGAGAAGGAUCAGCGACAGCAGAUUGAGAAGCUUGUGGGUCAGCUACAGGACCAGCUCCAGGUGCAGGCCUCGUCCAUCAUGAAAGAGGUGAAACUUGAUAUGGAAGAAUUUGAAGAGUCGAGAAUAAGAGAAAUCAGUCCAAUGUUGACCCGCCAUGGCUUUGGCUACUGUCAGCGUUUCCAGAGAUGGCUCAAUGUCAAGAAGGAAUACUUGUACUUUUCCAGCAGACAGCUCACCCGGAUGAUGCGGCUGCGUCCUGGGAUCCGGACACUGCUGUGGGCGUACUUCAUCCUCCUCCACAUCCUCAUCGUUUCCUGCUUCACCGGCUUCAUCUGA